UGCUUUAGAACUUUAGUUCUUAGCAAAACCAUCUGACAUUAGGGUCAAUACAGAGCAUCAUUUUACUGUUUUCCCAAGGCUGGGUGUGAUUUCUGGUCCAGUAUGUGGUUCAAACUAGCUAACCUUGUUUCUAGAAACAUUAACUCAAAGCAACAACAUAUUUGUGUAUGCUAAUGUGAAGUACAGCUUGUCAUCUUUGCUAUAAAAUGGACAACUUUCUCCAGAGAGCCAAUAGUAAAAUUCCUAAGUUACAACAGGUUUACAACCUAAUGAUUAAAGGUUAGAGGAUGUAGUGCAGUGGAGCCCCGCCUCCUCUCUAGCUGUCACUUCUUCAUGUGCUCACCCACGCUCCAAGCACAGAUGAUAUCCCCAUCCUGCUGCCUAGCAGACCUCGCAGACCUCACAGACCUCGCAGACCUCACAGACCUCACAGACCUCACAGACCUCGCAGACCUCGCCCAGUUGUGGAUCCCGGCUUGACAGCACGUUUAAAAAGGAGCAGCAGUUCAAAUCUAAAAAGACAUGAUUCACUGGAUUGCCUUGUUGAUUUCCUGCUGCUGCUUGAAUGGAGCUGCAGCAGAAAGCCCUCGGCUAGAGAGAAUCAAGAGAUGUCAGACCAGGUGUUCUCAGGGACUCAGCUGCAAGACCCGUCCAGAUUAUUGGUUCGCGCCUGCGUGUCACGACCCCGAUGAGGGCCUCAACAUCACCAGCGUGAUCCACAACGUGAGCAUCUCCACCGUCAUGAAGUGCGAGGACAAGCAACAGUGCAGACUCCACCUGAAAAUCAGCACGGUUGUGCAACUUAUGGACUCCGUCAGCGGCGUUUCCAUUUGCACCAGCACUGCUGGGAUGAUGACAAAAUGCCAAAUCGUGCAAUUCACCAAAGCAUCGAGGAGAUCAAUGUCUGGACUGCCGGUGACAGUUGAGAAUGAUUACACUGAAGUGUCUCCAAACCAGCACCUACAAGUAACGGUGAAAACAGUCCCAAGUUACUGUGGCAUAACUUGGGCUAGCAAGUACCGUACCCCUGAAUGCUCGCAUGAAGACUUGAGAAAAAAUGUUCCUGAAUGCAUCACUGGCAAGCUGGCUUACACUGCAAACCCAGAAAAGAAGGAGCUGGCAGUCAGUGUGUCGGACAUGCUUGAAGGUUACGACUACCAUCUCCGACUCUGCCUCAAGGAUUUCAUCUGCUCUGGCACGGGAGCUUACACUCUGAUAAAAAAGGAGCGACCCCUCGAGACAGCUGUCCUUCAAUAUUCCAGACCUUUGCCUUGUCUUUGUAUUGAGGGCUGGUCAGCUUUUAUGGAUGCCCCGAGAGUCCAGGUCUGCCCAUUCAAAGACCGUCUAGAAGAAUUGUGGUUUGGAAUCACCUUUGAUCCGCUGGAGGAGGCGCUGAUAUGGGAGCCAGCUUGUCCCGUCGCAGCUGUGGCUGGUUUAUGUGAGAAACGAGAGGAUGGCGUCUGCGUGGAUCUGCCCGAUUCAUCACAGAAUGUCAGCAGAGAUAAGAUCACAUUUGCUAAAGUGGAUCCCCACCCUCAGCUGUGCAUGAAGUUCACGGCAGGCUCUCAGUCCUGGAUCCGAUGCCCCUUUGCUGACAGCAUCAAAGUCUGGGACGUGAUCGUGUCGAGCCAACAUGGCUAUGAAGAAUUGCAGAUUCUAUCACGAGUUACGGCAAAGUUCUCCGUGGGGCCGUGGGGGACGUCUGCAGAAUCACCAGUGGACCAGACGACCUACACGAUACUUGUAGACGUUGAGAAACUGAAACCUGUUGACUUACAGCUACGAGGCAAACAGUGCAAUCUUUGUCAACAGGUGAAGAGGAUUGAUGUGAAGUAUGCCGCCACAGUCGUCCACUGCGCCAAGCGCUGCAUGUCCAAAUUGUCUUCCCCGGCUCCUCCUUAUGACUUGACAAAGAUUAUUCUACCAGCUGCCGCUUGCCUCUCUGGCAUCAUCAUCGUCACUCUGGUGCUCUGGUUACUGCUUCGAGUUUAUCGCAGUAGAAAAGGAAGAACAGGCGUCUCCCUCUCCGAAAAAACAGGCGCCGACGUGUUUGAUGUACAGACGCAGCUCCCGGUCAGUCGGAGGGUCCGCAAAACCAGCGAGGCGAAGAGCGGAAACAACGAGAAGGCCAACUUGCUCCUGAACUGACCCCGGAACGGCGCUUGGGUCUGAAACACCGGUUGCACUGUGCAGUAUAACAGAUGUUACAAAAAAUCCCGCCAAAGUUCUCCAUUGAAUCCAUUUGUGUUCCUUCUUCCAACAUUUCAUGUUUUUCCACUGUAAAUAUGCUCAGUAGCUUGCUUGUUGUAGUUCACUGCUGUUUUAUACUCGUACUUAUCUAUUGUUGUGCUCUGCUGUUUGUUUUGGUGAAAAUGAACUGAACGCUAAUGUCUUAAGUUAAAACCCGUCAAGAGGAAAUGCAUAUUUUUUUUGUCCUUAUUUAAGAGUUUAUUUUCAAUAAAAUGUUGAAAUGCGUA